AUGAAGCCUGCUACUUUCUUUCAUGCUCUUAUCCUCCUUUCCACCAAACAUUUACUAUUUUCCGAGGCCACGGUUGACGAUACCCUUGUAUACGAUAGGGAAGGAAAUCAACUCCAGAAACACGCCUCCUACUUCAUAAGCCCUCCAAUACGGGGGCCUCUUGGCGAUUCAGUGACCCUAGCCACUCCUAUUGGUGAAAACCAAACGUGUACUGAAGCAGACGUUGUUCAAGUAUUUUUAAAUUACGCUCCUUCCACCCCUUUCACCUUCACACCUGUCGCACUUAACGAGGAUGUUGUCAAAUUACGCUAUCCCCUCGCCAUUCAAUCCACAGAAAGCCCAUGUGAUGGGAGUACGGUAUGGAAGGUGUCAAGUCGUACGGGGGUGGUAUCUGGUAACAUUAUCACCACAGGUGGGGUCAUAAAUACCCCAAGCAGCUGCCUUAGAAUCACAAAACCGCAGGAACCUAAGUUCCAAAACAGCUACAUGUUUGAAUAUUGUCCCAAUUUAUGUGGUGCAGCUCCUAAAAUUUGCCUACCAAUUGGUAACAGUAUGGGACAUCUUUCGCCUAAUGGUGAGCCGUUUGAAUUUGUUUUAGACAAGGCAUCUGAGUCGGCUGCCAUAGUUUAA